UAUUUGGGCCAAAAUGUGAUAACUGCUUUUAACUAUUUCUUGAUAAUCCCAACUACUUGAGCUAAGUUAUUACAGUUUCUCUCUUAAUAGCUAAGUUAUCACAAUUUCAACUGAUGAGUUUGGGAUGACAGACAAGAAAAAUAAGAUAUCAAAAUUGCUCAGGCAGAAGAAUCCUCCACUGAGGAAGGCUCUAUUCAUUAUCUGGGGAAGGUGGAAGCUCUGUUUCUAUCUGAUCUGAACAAUAAAAGAAUAAAAUUUCUUGCUUUUCAGAAGGAUCCUCACAAUCCAAUGGGGAAGGCUCUAUUCGGCAUCUCAGGAAGGGGUUCAAAGCUCUGGUCUUGUCAUCUCCAUUUCAACACCUCUGAUCACUUUCUUGAAGCCCAAGCCCCUCCCUUUGGACGUUGGCUAUGGAGGCUGUUCGAGGUCUCUUCAGUAGCAUAGGCGAGAUGCCUAUAUCUGUGUUCUUCAGGGGCGCCAGGAGUGUAUUUAAGGAGGAUGAACUUGGGAUGGACAUUAUGCAGAUCGCAAUUCCGGCAACAUUGACUUUAGCAGCAGAUCCCAUUGCUUCUCUAAUCGAUACAGCAUUUAUUGGUCAUAUAGGUCCUGUUGAGCUUGCUGCUGUAGGAGUUUCUAUCGCUGUUUUCAAUCAAGUAUCAAAGAUUACAAUAUUCCCGCUCGUCAGUAUCACUACCUCAUUUAUUGCGGAAGAAGAUUCGAUGAUACCAACUCGAAUCGACCGGCAUAAGUACGCAUCAAUUUUUUGCAUUUGGAACGGGUUGCGCAGUCAACAACGGAAUGGAUCUGGAAAUGGAACAUCUGUUAACGGAACUAGCUGUGAGAAAGAGCCCCGAAUAAAGAGUAAGAGGAAACACAUUCCGUCCGCUUCAUCAGCUAUGGUGAUCGGGAGUGUUCUCGGGCUUCUACAGACUUUGUCCCUUAUCAUUACUGCCAGACCGAUGUUAAGUUACAUGGGUGUGAUAUCGGAUUCACCGAUGCUAAAGCCAGCAAAACAGUACUUAACCCUGAGGUCACUCGGUGCUCCGGCUGUUCUUCUGUCUCUUGUUAUGCAAGGAAUAUUCCGAGGAUUUAAGGAUACAAAAACUCCCCUAUAUGCUACAGUCGUGGGUGAUGCAGCGAAUGUCAUAUUAGACUAUGCAUUCAUAUUCGUUCUUCGAAUGGGUGUUACUGGGGCUGCCAUAGCUCAUGUUAUUUCGCAGGAACUUCUUGGAACCUUGAAAGUAACCAAAGAACGGUGCUCUCAUCACGUUCCCUUAAAAGGAGCGAAGACAUCUACAAAUGGAAUUGACAUAAACUGGUUUCUCUUAUUGGUAAGAGUAAUAGCUGUAACAUUCUGCGUUACCUUAGCAGCAUCGUUAGCUGCAAGGCAUGGAAUGACUUCAAUGGCGGCAUUCCAAGUCUGCUUGCAGAUUUGGCUUGCAAGCUCUUUGCUCGCUGAUGGACUAGCUAUUGCUGGGCAAGUAAGAAACUAUCUCAAUAAUGAAAGGCUAUCCUUGCUGGUGCUUUUGCAGCGGAGGAUUACGGGAAGGUCACUGCUACCGCUUCCCGUGUAUUACAGUUGUGCUUGGUUUUGGGGCUUGGACUCUUGGCCGUGCUCGAAACGGUGCUACCUUUCACAUCCAGAUUAUUCACAAAUGACGACAAGGUCCUACGACUUAUCAGGGUCGGAAUCCCGUUCAUUGCGCUGACUCAACCCCUGAAUGCUUGAGCAUUUGUGUUUGAUGGGAUCAACAACGGUGCAUCUGAUUUUGCGUACUCCUCCUAUUCGAUGGUAUCAGUGGCGAUCGUGAGCAUCAUAUGCUUGCUCUCACUAUCCUCAAGCCACGGUUUUAUUGGUAUCUGGGUUGCCCUGACAGUAUACAUGAGUUUAAGGGCAUUUGCCGGGUUUCUUAGGAUUGGAACUGGAACGGGACCUUGGAGCUUUCUUCGCGCCAAGCAGUCAGGUGUCAAUCAUUAAGACUACUUAUGUUCAUUCUAGGACGGAAGAGUUGCUCCAGCAACUCCAUGUAACUUUGCUUUCAAUGAUGUUCUAUACUUCGGAGAUAGUAUACUUUUAUUUCACCCAUUAUAUGCAUUAAAAAAAAAUUGUCGAUCCGACUUCCGAGA